AUGGACAUGGCUUCAAUGACUACUUCUCGCUCAAGGACCAGCUUCAUGGACCUGCCUGGUGAGCUACGGAACAUUGUCUACCUGCACAGCAAGAACGAAGGCAUCGUAGACAUGGGACGUCCCCAAGGCAGCCACCCUGGCCCACGGAUCGAUCGCAACCGCCAUCAAUUCUUAGGCCUUACUCAGGUCUCGAGGACGCUUCGAAGCGAGUUUGGGGCUUUGUACCGCGAACAACUUCAACUCCGGGUGGACGCACGACACAUCCACGAAUACCUCGCAAUGGUCAUCCAGGCAUACAGCCGAGUGGAGGGAGGCGUUAAGACUCGUAUAUGCCCAAUCUUUGCCAAUAUCAUUCUUGAUCUUGGCCCCAGAGUCAAUGAUCGAAACGAAUACUAUCUGGAUAUCCUCCCGCUGCUGCAGAUACGCUCCAAGAAACCAUCCUUCAUAUGCGAGUUCGAAUUCUCCACAGAGGUUGACAUUACUCACGUUCCAACCGACCCUAGUCAACCCUGCAGCCAGUUUGUAUCAGAGGUGUACGGCUCGUUGCUUGUACAAGAUCUAAACAAUAUUCUCAGUGGGCCAAACACAUUAGCAACGGUCCGACCCGGAAACAAUAACGUGGAUGCCGCUAUCCUUUAUCUCAAAACCCUGGGUGUGCGAGACGGCAGAUUCACUGGGGGCCCUUAUCCAGUAGUCUCAACGCCAUUUCUCGACCUCUGGCUUACGGCAGACCCUCCGUGGGGCUCUAAGCGCGACUCUAUAAUUCGCUCGGUGGGCCUCGAAUCGAUGGAUUUUCUCGAGAAUGCUGGCAUGGCCUAUGUCCGUAUACUGGACGUCCGGACGAAUUGCUGCAAGCCGGAGGAUUGGUAUGGAUGGCUGCAUCCUGGAGCGCCCAGAUGA